CCAACUGCCAAGCGGUCAAGAUGACGAACUCAAAACUAGCCCUUCUACUUCUGGUCAUCGCCUGCGUGAUGUUCAUCGCAUGGGCCCGACCUCGGUCUCGGUCCUCGAUUUUCAAUGAGGUGACCUCCCUGCCGGCCGAGCGAAGGAUGAGCAACGAUAUCCUGGACCAGAUAUCGCCGAUGAGGAGGCCCUCCAAGAGGAGCUUCGUGAUAAAGCAUCCCGUAUUCCCGCGCUUGAAGAUGCACCGACGUUACAUUCGCGAAGGUUUAUACAACGAGCUGCAACCUGAAAUAGCUCCAGGGGGCAUGAACUUUUAUGGCAACGACGUCCUGCCGCUGUCCACUUUUGAGCUCCUGGAACCAGAUACAUUGUAUUAAAAUACCCCUAAAAGUCAGAAAAGUCGUCAAAAU